GUCGAUCUUUCAACAAUACCACUUCUCUCAGACAUGCAAGUCUCAUAGCAAACUCGUUGAACAAGAUGUGGAUCCUACCACUCGUCGGGUAUAUAGGUCUCGCGCUGGGCUUUGGGUUCCUGACCCUCGCCAUAGCAUCGGGACUCUAUUACCUCUCCGAACUCGUCGAAGAACAUACCGUGUUUGCUAAGAAAUUCCUCACACGCCUCAUAUACGCCGUGAUCUCAAUCCAAGUUCUGCUCUGCCUCAUAGAUGGCUUCCCGUUCUGGCUGUCACUCCUGAGCAUCGUGUCUCAUGUCGUAUACCUUGGCAACAUGCGGCGAUUCCCAAUUGUCAAGCUCUCCGACCCCCUGUUUGUAACAUCUUGCGGUCUCGUGCUGCUAAAUCACUGGGUCUGGUUCACACACUUCUCCACCUCGACACUUAUGUCCUACCCCGCGUCCCGAUACGACCCCUCCAGUCUCCCUACGUUCACGGAAAUUGCAUCAUACUUUGGGCUCUGCGUGUGGCUGGUCCCAUUCUCCCUCUUCGUCUCCCUUUCUGCAAGCGAUAACGUGUUACCAACGAUGGGUAGUGAGGAGCCCGGCAUGCCUGGGUCGGCGGCACAAGGGAAGAAUAAGAGGCAAGGAAUGGUCAAGGUGGUGGUUGAUACGAUUAGAGACGGGAUUGGGGAGCUGGGGAAACUGGCUGGAUGGUCGAGGCCGGAAAGAGGGUUUUAAUGUACGAGUACGGACGGGCACAAUUGGCAUUGAUGGCGUUUGGUCAACAACUUCAUGGAAUGGAAAUGUCGGAUUAAGGAAUUCACGGCUUAUGCAUGGUCCCCGGACAGAGGUAUAUACGGUGUGUAUAAUGUGUGCUAAUGUUUGCAAAAUGAACUCCCAGAGGUAUCUCCGCCAAAUCCUUCCUAACGCCUUGCAGGUGAGUGGUACAAUGGUAUGUGUAUAGCAAAUCUAUGUAGCAAUAUUUUCGUCCUUUCUGUUCCUCAAGUUAGUCCUUGAUCAAGCAUACGUAAGAGUUCA